AUGGCUUCCAAUUUUCCCAAUCCCUCUCUUGUACUCGAUUCGCCUGCGGUAAAACGGCAAAGAACCGAAUCAGGUUAUACAUCUAUCAGCAAUUCUGCGAGAAAUACAGAUACCUAUAAUUCAGAUGCGGAUGAUGGAGAUGAUAUUUUCAAGGAUUAUGUGCCUGAUACGCCAGCGACAGCUAAGAAGUUUCGAAACGCAACCCACACAGAUUAUAGAUUGGACCACUACCAGAAGUUCGAGACUCAAGCUACCCAGAUAAUCGAUCGAUCUGCUUCGCUGGCAUACCCACCAAGUUCCCCAAAUAUCAACAGCUUGAAUGGUGUACAAGUACCUGCUUCAUCACCUUUACGACAAUCGCCUACCCCAAGGAAGUUUUUUGCAUCUGCAAUGGCACCUGCUGGAACUGAAUACAGAGCAACAUUUGGAAUCAAUCAAAAGCCCAUCGCCCCUCCAAGGAAGAUCAUAAACUUGGAUAGUGAUGACGAGGAGCCGUCAUUUGUUGGAGACAGUUCUGACGACGAUGACGAACUAGCCAGUGCGGAUAUCAAACCUACAUCGUUCGUUUCAAAGAGUGCUUCUUUUGGGUCUACAGGCUAUCCAGAUGCUUCGCGAUCAUUCAAUGGCAAUUCUAAAUUCAAAACGCUCUCGCCAAGGCUGCCAAUCCAGGAUAUUUCAAUCAAUGACAUUCCAGAUGAUGAGCUCAGAAUGAAAGCUCAGCGCAUCAAGGACAUCUUUCCAGGGGUAUCUAUCAUGGAGACCAAGGAUGCUUUGCUCGUGACCAAGAACGAUUUUGAUGCUGCUUGUAGCUUGCUUGCCAAAGAUAAGCCUAUUGAGGUUUCCGACGAUGAGGACGAAAUUCAAGAGAUCACUGCCUCAGAAAUGGCUGAACCUCAGAUGAGAAGAGGUCUUGCGAAACCUAUCAAGUCAAUCAGGGACCGAUAUACUUCUACCCAAAAUCAGUCUACGCAAAGACCGGCUCCAGUACCAGCUCAAGCUACCACGCCACCAAAAACAAGGAAAAGACUUAUGAAAGGACGUAGAGAUCCAACUUCCCCUGCAGCUGCCUCUUCUCCAGUCAAGUCUCCAGCCAAGUCUCUCAUGAAGUUGGCUUCAUCCCCAGUCAUCAUAGAUAUGUCUGAUGAUGAUUCUGACCUUGAGCAGGAGGAGGAAAUCGAAGAAGAUCCAAUUCUGGAGGAUCGACUACUCAAGUACUUGAACAAAUGCACAUUGGAUGAUCUUAUUGAACUUACCAAUACCACCAAGAAUAACGCCCAAGCAAUGUUGGACAGUCGACCUUUCAGGAGUCUUGAUGCUGCGAGAAACGUGUCAAAUGUUAAGACUUUGAAAAGUGGCAAGAGAAGUGCAAAAGCUCCUAUGGGAGAACGUCUCGUAGAAACUGCUUUGGAAAUGUUUUCUGGCUACGAGGCUGUGGAUCUCCUUGUCAAAAGAUGCGAGGAUCUCGCAAAGCCAUUGGAGGCUGAGAUGGCGAAAUGGGAUUCAAUUCUUUUGGGACUCGCAAGGAAGGAGAAGCGUGAUUCCGGAAUUGGCACUCCAAGCAGCACUUUAUCUACCAAUGGCGAGAAUGCUGAUGAGGACAAGAUCGUAUCCGCCAAACGUAGGAAAGCGAGUGUCGAAUUUUUGAAGAAGCCCUCGCUUAUGGCAGAUGAGGUUAUUCUGAAAGAUUAUCAAAUUGUUGGCUUGAAUUGGUUGAAUUUGAUGUACGAGCAGAACCUGAGUUGUAUUUUGGCAGAUGAUAUGGGUCUUGGAAAGACCUGUCAAGUUAUUUCGUUUCUUUCGCAUCUUGUGGCUACUGGUCGGACCGGGUCCCCAUGUUGUUUUUGGUCCUGCUGCGGUUUUGAGAAGUGGGGUCAAGAGUUCCAGAAGUUUGCUCCAAAAUUGGCUAUUCAACCUUAUCACGGUCCUGCGGCUGAACGUGUCGAGUUGGCUGAAUCCAUAUUUGGAGAAUCGAUUUUUCCGGAAGUUGGGAGCGACGUUUUGUUUGUGAUGAAGGUCAAUUUUGGAAGAUGGAGCGGACUCAAAAGAUAUCAAGCUUUGAAUAGGAUUCCUGCUAGCUUUAAGCUUUUACUGACGGGUACACCCCUUCAAAAUAACCUGGUCGAAUUGGUUACUUUACUUGCAUUCAUUCUUCCAGACGUUUUCAAGGAACGAGAAGAAGACUUGAAUUACAUUUUCAAAGCAAAGGCGACAACUCGAGAUACUGAUCAUGGAGCAUUACUUUCUGCUGAACGUAUCACUCGAGCCAGAUCUAUGCUAACUCCAUUCGUCCUACGACGAAAGAAGCAUCAAGUGGUGAAGCAUCUCCUAUCAAAGUGUAUGUCGGGUUGA